AUGUCCACCGUUUCCAUUGCCUGUUUCCUCUUCAUGGUGCUCUCCGAUGUGGUGGUUGAUAAGGGGGUUGUUGUUGAUUCUGGUUGUGGUGUUGAGGGGGUCCCAACUGGUACUGUUGUUGAUGCUGGUUCUGAUUAUACUGGGGACGUGGCAUCGGGUUCUGGUGGAUGUAUUGAUGCUGUUGCAGCUGCAAUUCAAGUUCUGGAGAUCUCUGUCUUUUUUGGUUUUAAGUCUUUGCCUUAUGAUAGUCCUAUAUAUUAUAUUAUUCUGAUCAGGAUAUUUGUUGGAUACAAUAAAGCUAUCAGAAUUUUUGAGGUUCAUCGCCCAGGGAGAGAUUUUGAACAACACUCGACUGUUUUAGGAAACAAAGAAGGCCAAUCAGGUAUUAUAUCUUCUAUUGUUUUUUCCCCCACUUCUUCUGGUAUGCUGGUUGUGGGCUCCUACAACCAGACUACUGCUAUAUACAGAGAAGACAAUAUGGAACUGCUGUAUGUGUUGCAUGGCCAAGAAGGUGGGGUUACACAAGUUCAGUUUUCUAAGGAUGGAAACUAUUUGUACUCUGGGGGACGGAAGGAUCCUUAUAUUCUAUGCUGGGAUAUUCGCAAAACUGUUGAUAUUGUCUACAAACUAUAUCGAUCAUCUGAAAGCACCAAUCAGAGAAUACAAUUUGCUAUUGAACCUCUUGGUCGAUAUCUUGGAACUGGUGGUCAGGAUGGUCUGGUGCAUAUCUAUGAUCUUCAGACCGGGGAGUGGGUAUCAAGCUUUCAAGCGGCACUAGGUUCACUCAUCCUCCUCUUUAUACCUGUCUGCUUAAUUAGAAAGAUUAUAUUCCUCAGGUUCUUGGUCGGUGAAGGGGCCCAUAUGUGGGCGAAGUCAAGGUGGUUGGUGAAUUUUGAGCGUGCGCAGGCUGAGAUUGCUAAGAUACGAGAACUGGAUGAUGACGAGGAUGAGAACACUGAUACUUCUGCUGAGAAUUUUGGAGAUUGA